GGGAGAACAAUGGGCUGGGACGGGGCCGCGGCCGGGCGGCUCCUCCUCGCCCGCCGCCCCCUCCUGCUCCCCGGCUGCGGGGCGGGCACAGCGCGGACCCGCCGCUCUCUCGCCCUUUCAGCCCCAGCACAGCAAGUUUCGGGCAGAGCCGGGCGGGCUCGGAGCGCAGCUGCUUGGCUCGCAAGUUUCACUUCAAAAUGUAAAAAAAGACCAAAUGGCAAAGCAACCCUCUGAUUUGAAUUCCAAGUGCGGCAGUGAAGACAGACAGUUGCAGCCCAGUGAAAGGCCAAGUCAGCCUCAGCCUGUUAGGCCUGGGGCCCCUACCUCUAUACAAACACAGUAUCAAGGUAACCUUUCAGGUGAGGGGGACGGCUCUUCACCCAGCAGCCCUCAGGGACCAUUUGCGCCACCCACUAGCCCCAGUCCGUUUGCAACCAGAUCCCCACUUUUCAUCUUUGUAAGAAGAUCUUCACUGCUGUCUAGAUCCUCCAGUGGGUAUUUCUCUUUCGACACAGACAGGAGUCCUGCGCCUAUGAGUUGCGACAAGUCCACACAGACUCCAAGUCCCCCAUGUCAAGCCUUUAAUCAUUAUUUAAGUGCAAUGGGUAAGCAAGAUCAUGGUCUACAAAGCACUGUCCUUGGAUUUUGGCUUCUAACAAGUGCCAUUACAUCUUCCAGGUGGCAAUAUCGAUCAAUACCUGAGGAUAUGCAGCCAGAAAUAUGGAUUGCACAGGAAUUACGGCGGAUUGGAGACGAAUUUAAUGCUUCCUAUUGCCCAAGACGGGGCUUCUGGGAUAACCAAGGAGUAAAUCACCAGAUUAUUUUGCGCCUCUUGCAUUAUAUCAUCCGCCUCAUUUGGAGAAGACAGUGAUUGACACUGACUGGAUGCUCUGAGGUUUGUUUACUUGUCAGAACCCAAGAGGAGUGCAUGCUAAUAAUACAUUUGAGAAAUCUUCCUUUUCUUAAAGAACAUCACAUAUUGGAAGGAGCAGUGGGACUCCAUGCUUGUAAAAACAUGCACAUGGACCUAUAGUUUUGUCUGCUGUCAGACAAAACAGGGAGUUCACUGUGAAGAAGCAGAAAUGAACUGUGGAAAUGGACUUAUUUGAACUUCCUGAAGCAGAAUUUUUCUUGAAAGUGUUGUUUACGCUGGUUUUCCUUGAACUUUUUAUGGACUGAGAUUAAGGAAAAUAUUCAACCAUUAUUGAAUGAUUUUCCUGCUCACUUCUGGAAACUGGUAGGCUGAUCUGCAUCAUGCUGCAGCGGACUUAACUGAGCCGGCUGACUUGCAGAGCUGCCUGAGUUUAUUUUAUAAAAUUGCUGUACAGCUUUCUUGCUCCAGCAAGGAGAGGUCAGACUUAGAAUAGGUUCUCUCUGUUCAUUCGCUGGUCACUUUCAUUCAAAAGAAUGAAGGGAUUUGCAUUGGCUCUCCAUAAUCCUUCAGGUCACUUAACACCUCUUUAAAUUCAACUGCACUUGUGUGGCGUAAACAGCAUGUGUCUUGCUAAUUUCAGGCUGCAGUCAAGCACAGCUGGAGCUCUCCUGCCAUUGGCUGUCCACCUCCGCCAGCUUAGAAACCAGAAUCUCGAAGUUGAUCUGAAAUUUGAGGCUUCAUUGUAAAAAUGUCAUGUUCCAAAAACAUACCAGGUUGCCUUUCUUAAAGUUCUCUAUAUAAAAUGUGUAUGGAUACAUUUAUGUAUUAUAAUAUAUAUAAUAUAUUAAUGUUUGAGAUGUGGAACGAUUAAAGCAAUAACAUAUUCUGUGUGUGGGCCUAAACAGACCCAAUACACUGCAGUCUUGCCCAAAAGGGAAGGGUCCUACUGCAUAAUUUCAGGAAAUAUUUGAAACCUCACUCAAUAUUUUACAGUUAUUGUUAAUAAACCCAGUUGAUGGUGUUUGGGUGUUUUAAAAACUUUUUGGAUUUGUGCUGAAGGCAUGUUUUGAAGAGAGGUGAGAAGCAAACAGCUGUAACAGUUGAAUGCAUGGACUACUGACUUUACUGCAUUGGCAUGAGGACCAAAAGUGGAAUAUCUGCAGUGAUCAUGGUGGUUCAAAGUCCAAAAGGUUAGUAAGCAGAUACCCAACAGGAACAAAAGUUGUAUCAUUU